AUGGAUUGUUUACUGAAUAAAGAAACUGUAGAUUUAACAAAGUAUGCUGUUUUGCAGGUCUGGGAAAAUAAUCUGGAUGUAAUGUUUGAAGAAAACAUCACUACAAAACCCAAGGAGUUUGUAUUUCUAGGAUUAACAAGAAAUCCUACACAGCAGUUCAUUUUGUUUUUUGUUUUCCUAGCUAUUUAUUUAGUUACAUUGGUUGAAAAUCUAGGAAUGAUCAGCUUAAUAAGGACCUGUCCCCAACUCCAUACUCCAAUGUACUUCUUUCUCAGCAGCCUAUCUUUCCUUGACGUAUGCUUCUCUUCUGUGUUUGCUCCAAAAGCACUGACAAACUUCCUAACAUAUAAAAAGUCAAUUUCCUUUACUGGAUGUGCAGUGCAAAUGUACUUUUUUGUUGGCCUGGGGAGCACAGAAUGUUUUCUUCUGGCUGCAAUGGCAUAUGAUCGCUAUGCAGCCAUCUGUAAGCCAUUGCUUUACCCAAUCCUCAUGUCUCCUAGACGAUGUAUUCUUUUGGUAGCACUGUCAUAUUUUCUUGGGCUUUUGCAUUCUCUACUUCAUACAAUAUUCACCUUCAGACUGUCAUUCUCUGGAUCCAAUGUGAUCAAUCAUUUCUUCUGUGACAUCACUGCACUCUUAACAAUUGCUUCUUCUGAUACCUACAUCAAUGAACUCCUGAUCUUUUAUGUGGCUGGGCUUGUAGAGGUCAUUACUAUCCUCAGUGUCCUCAUUUCUUAUUCAUAUAUUCUUGUUAAUGUAGUGAGGAUCAGCUCAGCCUCAGACAGACUCAAAGCCUUCUCCACUUGCACAUCACACCUGACUGUGGUCACCAUUUUCCACGGGGCCAUUCUCAUUCUACAUUUCCGGCCCAAAUCUAGCAGUGGCUUUCCUGUCCAAGAUGUGGGUGACAAAAUUCUGUCUGUGUUCUACACCAUUGUCAUUCCUAUGUUGAAUCCCUUGAUAUAUAGCCUGAGAAAUAAAGAGGUGAAGAAUGCUCUCAAAAAUAUUCAAAGAAAGGUGUGUGAUAAAAUGAGUAUGCAAUGA